GUUCCAGGACUCGUCAUGGUUGAGCGUCCAUUGGAGCCCAUGGCAGCGGCGUAGGAGACGAGGAGAACAAGUCGAAGACGGCGAGCGAUGCAAAUGCUGCGCUGCAUGGUGUUGCGAGAGGGUCCUCCAUGCUGAGAGCGCUCCACGGUGGGCAGGAUUGAGGCAGCGAAGACCAGCAGGAGGCGGGUCAAGGGGACGCAUUGAACCGAUGAGCUUCUCGGGGUCGUUUGAGAGCGGCCAGAUGAAUGCUCAGCCGGAGGCCAAGAGGGCCGGGAUCAAGAUCCUACAAUGUAACAACGAGUACUGCCAGUACGAGCGGCGAAACAAUGGAAACAUUGAGUGGGCCUCGCAGUCGAAUCGAUUGGUCAAUCUCAACUUCGACUCGAAGCCACAGCUGGUCCUCAUAAUCAAGAAACCGAAUGCUCCUCCGCUAUCCCUGGCCUUGAAGGAAGUUGCUCAUUUCCUUCGAGAUGAGAAGAACCUUCAGGUUAUUUUACUCCCUUUGCUUGCAUCUGUUCUCGUUCUCUUCAGCUCAACACUUUCUGACGAGCCUUCAACAUCAAAGGUUGCAGUUGAGCCGGCAGUGAAGGCCGAGUUCCCUGAUCUGCCAUGGCUGAUUAGCCUCGGACCACCUGGAUGUACUGCCAAUCAAUACUGUCCAGACACUCUGCGAUCGAUAGACUUUGUGAUAUGCCUGGGGGGAGAUGGGACAAUCAUGUGGGUCAAUGGACUUUACAAUGGUCCUUGCCCUCCAAUAGUUUCUUUCGCAAUGGGGAGCCUGGGGUUUCUGACUCCUUUUGAUUUCUCUGAUUACAAGAAGGUCAUUACAAGAGUGAUGCGCAAUGAGAUGAAAGUCGAAAUCCGGACGCGUCUGUGGUGUACGGUUCACAAUGACAUGAGAAGGAAGAUCGCGGACUUCAUCACAUUGAACGAGGUCAGCGUGGACCGAGGGCCCUCUCCCUACCUGACCAACAUCGAGUGCUUCUGUGACGACCGAUUCGUCUGUGCAUCGCAAGGAGACGGCAUCAUCGUCGCUACUCCGACAGGCUCGACAGCGUACUCGCUGGCUGCUGGAGGCUCGAUGGUCCACCCGGACGUUCCCGGCAUGCUCCUCACUCCUAUCUGCGCCUCGGUCCUCUCCUUUCGGCCGAUUGUGUUCCCCGACAGCGUCACGUUAAGGCUCCAGGUCCCCGUGGACUCCUCGGUCUCAGCGUGGUGCUCCUUCGAUGGAAGGAACGCGAUGUCGCUGAGCAAGGGCUGGUCGGUCACAGUGAUCACGUCCAAGUGGCCGCUUCCUCUCGUUGCUCGGAGUGGCGGAGAGGACGACUGGUUCAACGGUGUCAUGGAGACUCUGAACUGGAACAACCGCAAGGUGCAAGGAGGGUUCGCCAGGACCUGCAGCGGCGACUCGAUCCCGGGGGAGAAGUCGAAGAACUAG